AAUCCAGACAGACACACACCAUUUUUAAAGGGAAUUGAAGCUUUCGUUGUUUCACGCAGUGAUGAUGAAUAUCGUUUUGUUGUUCUUAGCUUUUGUUUGUUUUCUUCGUGCUGCGGCGGCGGCUUCAAACAACCCUUUGCCUUAUAAUGCAAUCUUCAGCUUCGGCGACUCGCUCGCCGAUACCGGAAACUUCAUCCGCUCCGGCGCCCUCGCCUUCCCCGUCAUCGGGAAACUCCCCUACGGCGAAACCUUCUUCAAGCAAGCCACUGGCCGCUGCUCUAAUGGACGCCUAAUUGUUGACUUUAUCGCUGAGGCAUAUGGACUGCCAUUACUGCCGCCCUACUUGGCACAAAAAGAAGGAGCAAAAUUUGAGCAUGGAGUAAACUUCGCCGUCGCCGGAGCCACCGCAGUGGACGCCAAAUUAUUUUAUGACCAAGGUCUUGGAAGCAUUUUAUGGACCAAUACUUCAUUGAGCGUUCAACUAGGGUGGUUUCAGAAUCUCAAGUCUACCAUAUGUAAAACUCAAAAAGAUUGUGCAAAUUAUUUCAAGAAAUCAUUGUUUCUGGUGGGUGAGAUCGGAGGAAAUGACUACAACUACCCUUUCUUUGUCGGUGCAACCCUAGAACAGCUUAAAGCAGCAGUGCCGUUAGUAGUUGGAGCCAUUAUUGAAGCAACAAGAGGUUUAAUAAAGGAAGGAGCCGUGGAGUUGGUUGUGCCUGGGAAUUUUCCGAUUGGGUGUUCCGCGGUGUACCUAACUCUGUUUGGAACUCCAAACAAAACAGCGUACGACCAAAAUGGUUGUUUGAAAGUGUACAAUGAUUUCUCCAAGUAUCACAAUUCUCAGCUCCAGCUUGCAUUGGGGAAGCUAAGGAAAGAGUAUCCUCAUGCUAACAUAAUCUACGCCGACUAUUAUGGUGCCGCCAAGAGAUUUAUUCAUUCUCGCAAACAUUAUGGGUUUUACGAUGGGGUUUUAACCGCCUGCUGCGGCGGCGGAGGGCCGUACAACUUCAACAACUCGGCGAGGUGUGGACACGUGGGAUCAAAAGCUUGUGCAAACCCGUCGGCGUUUGCGAACUGGGAUGGGAUUCACUUGACGGAAGCUGCUUAUAGGAUUAUUGCCAAGGGCUUGAUCGCCGGCCCCUUCGCUUCUCCGCCUCUCACUUUCUCCCCCAUUAAUGCUUUUUAGUUUCAAUUCUUUUUCAUUCCCAGGGCACCAUCAAUAACCACAUCAUAUCAUGUUUAGCUUGCUGUAGUCCAUAAUUAAUUUUACGUUGUUUCUUCUUCAACUCUUCUUUUAAUCCAAAUUAUAUGCUCA